AUGUCAACAUGACAUUUACUAAUUUAUUUUACACGUACAUUGACUUUUUUCUCUAAUCAUUGCACGAGAUUAAGAUUAAUUAAAUUACAUUUAAUUCAAUUUCCUAUUAAGCUAGAAUCAUAAGUAAAAUGUCAACAAAGACUAGCACAAUCGAACGCAACAGUAAUGGCAGCUCAAAGUCGGUGAAUCUAUCAGAGAUUUGCUCCCGUGCAUUGAAAGCGAACUCUGAAUGGCCAGACAAGGACGAGUUUCUAGACGUUAUCUACUGGGCCAGGCAGAUCUUUGGUAUCCUUUUAGGCAUUGUGUGGGGUAUUGUUCCAUUAAAAGGGUUCUUAGGAUUGGUACUAUUCGCUGGUAUCAGCUGUGGCAUAGUAUACAUCUAUGCCAUAAAUUUUCAAGGUAUUGACGAAGAAGCCUAUGGUGGUGCUUGGGAGUUAGUCAAAGAGGGAUUUAUGACCUCGUUCGCCGGUUUCCUAGUGACGUGGAUAAUAUUUUAUACUGGACUGCAUUACGAUAUGAUAAUGGCAGAAAAGGAAUUGGCGUAAUUAAGAUUAAGGAAUUAAGGAUUGCCGAUUUGUUAUUAAAUGUUACAGUUAUCAUUCAAAGUCGAGUUAUUAAAACUUUAUCCACUUCAAAAAAUGUCAAUAAUAUAAUGCCAAAACGAAUCAACAAGGUGACACCACUGACCGGUUUCCUUUCCAAAUAUCUAGGUAGUUACUUAUACUUGAUUACAUGUAUUUGUACUGAUGUCAUGUUUUUAACUCUUAGUUAAAAUAAUUAGAAAAAUUACGAAGCAUAUGUACGUAACCUAGUUUUAAGCGCGGCUUUCGUUUUGCUCUGCAUUCAUGCAUUUCCUCGUACCUAAGGGUUUAAAUGUAAAACUAUCCAUGUGUUUUUAAUUUUUCUAUGAAAAAAUAAACAUACGUUAAUUACGGUUAAUUCUU